UUGCCACGUCUGACACGCCCUUUAUAGCUCAGAAUUGAUUAUUUUUCUGAUUUCCAUUUCCGAAAGAAUCUUGAGCUAAAAGGUGGCAAGUGAAAAGGCAGAUGGCUAAUAGCCAAACACCGACGUAGCAUUUACUCACAUACAUAUACACACAAAGGCAAGCAAUUUGUCACCAGGAUUAGAUGAAACGACAAUGGUUGUAUGUGGACCCAGCCCAAAUAAAGGUAAAAAGGAUAUCCGUCGAGCGUAACUAAGCGUGAACCGUUUUCACGGAGAAUCCAUUAAAAAAGUUACAUUAACUUCAAUAAAGACAAGGGAAUAAAUACAAGCAGGACAACUUGGUUGUGAAUUGAACUUGGGGACUCAUCAAAUAUUCGUAAUGGAAUAAAUUACCACACUGUUGCUUUGAUUUCAAAAACAGUAAACUCGCUAAAGUAAUUAACAAAAAAUGAAGGUUCAUUUUCGCGAACAAUACGGCACCAAGGGUGAAGAAGUCCUCUAUAUAACACCAGCAGAUCAGAGCAACAUUGUACGAGUGCCAUUGCGAAGUGAUAAAUUAGUAAUACAGGAAAAAAUUUUCCUUUUCCGAUUGCUGCAGAAUAUCUUCCUACCGAAAGGUUAUCCAGAUAGCGUCAGCGAUGAUUAUGCAGCGUACCAAGUGUGGGACACUAUACAAGCGUUUUGCAGCACAAUCUGUGGUACUCUUUGUACACACGCAAUACUCAAGGGAAUAGGUGUGGGUAAUGAAAACAUUUCUGCAUACUCAGCUACGGUUACUUGGAUACUGAAAGAGGGGAGCGGUCAUUUGGGACGUAUUUUAUUCUCUUGGUGGAAGGGUUCACAGCUGGAUGUAGAUUCCAAGAAGUGGCGGCUUCGUGCUGAUUUCUUAAACGAUUUAGCUAUGUGUAUCGAGAUAUAUGUGCUUCCCAAAUAUGCGCAUUUGAGCACGCAGCUAUUAUGUGGCACAACAGUAAUGAAAGCCAUUGUUGGAGUUGCCGGGGGUGCGACACGUGCGGCACUUACGCAGCAUCAUGCGAUUCGUGGCAAUCUAGCCGAUGUUGCAUCGAAAGAUAGUUCUCAGGAAACCUUCGUUAAUUUGAUUGCUUCAUUCAUUGGUCUUUACUUGCUAACUGUCAUUAAGUCACAAAGUGUAUUGUACAGUGUCUUUAUAUUUGUAAUUAUUUUGCAUCUUUAUGCCAAUUUGAAAGCAGUUAAAGCUGUCUGCCUUCGUACAUUCAAUGAAUCUCGUUAUUUAAUUGCUUUGGAAGAAUAUUUUCGAUCUGGACGAAUGUUAACGCCACAACAGGUGAAUAAAAUGGAACGCGUUACCAUUGGUCAAACAGUUUCUGUUUCGCUAAACAUAUUAAUAGGCUUGUCCAUCAAGACGCUUAUCGACGAGUAUCGUAAAACUCAUGCAAUUGAGAAUAUAAUAUCCUCUUUUGAUCCACACGAACGAUUUAUCAUUGCUGAAAAUAAUAAAAACAUUGGAGUGUAUUUACAUUUCGACACACGAUCUCAGGAUGUGCUGAAAGCGUAUUUCUUUGCAGUUUCAUAUUUGCAAGAUCGUAAUCAAAUCAAGGAUAAAUAUUGGGAGAUUCAAACCAAAUGGCAAGAAUUUGUUGCUUUAGCACAAAAAGAAGGUUGGCUUACGACUCAGCAUUUACUCAUGGUUGACGAGUAUCGAUUGGACUGGAAGGCUUAGAAAUGUUCGAGAGAAGAUAGACAACAAUAUGAUUUUAUUAAUCACAUUUUUUUUGGUUCUUAUUUGAAGAAAUAUCCAAGGUACAUUAAACUUUCAAGGCUAUAAAUUCCUCAUUUCUUGAUUUGAUAACACUGGCCAACAAAAAAAUUUUGCAGCAGAGUCAAUAAAUGCUGAUCCCUAGAGAUUUUUGAACGCAGAAUCAGAAUCUGUCCUUAUAAAUUUCAGAUCGCGUCUAGUUUUUGAGAUAAUUUCACUUAAAGAUGUCAAAAAACGAAAUUAGCAUAUUUUGAAUCGUUAUAAUUAAAAAAAAAGAAACAGUACACGAAGGAAUAUUUUUAAUAAGAUGAGAAGAAAGCUUAAACUCUGUUCUUUUAUCCCGACAGAUAAAAAUA